GAAGCUGGGGACGUGGACUAGGGCGGAGUCUCGCGAUAUUUAAUCUUCCAGGCGGGGACGCGUUGCCUCGGAGACAGAGGAGGGCGAGUAGAACGUACGCGCCGGUGGCAACCUCAGUCACGUGUUCGCAGGGCUCGAAGAUGGCGGCGGCGCAGGCGGUGGAAGAAAUGCGGAGCCGCGUGGUUCUAGGGGAGUUCGGAGUUCGCAAUGUUCACACCACCGACUUUCCCGGGAACUAUUCGGGCUAUGAUGAUGCCUGGGACCAGGACCGCUUUGAGAAGAAUUUCCGUGUGGAUGUGGUACACAUGGAUGAAAAUGAACUGGAGUUUGACAUGGUGGGAAUUGAUGCAGCCAUUGCCAAUGCUUUUCGGCGUAUUCUAUUAGCUGAGGUGCCAACCAUGGCUGUGGAAAAGGUCCUGGUGUACAACAACACAUCCAUUGUCCAGGACGAGAUCCUCGCUCAUCGCUUGGGGCUCAUUCCCAUUCAUGCGGAUCCCCGUCUUUUUGAAUAUCGGAACCAAGGAGACGAAGAAGGCACAGAAAUAGACACACUGCAGUUUCGGCUUCAAGUCAGGUGUACUCGGAACCCCCAUGCUGCGAAAGAUUCCUCUGACCCCAAUGAACUCUAUGUGAACCACAAAGUGUACACCAGGCACAUGACAUGGGUUCCCCUGGGGAACCAGGCUGACCUCUUCCCGGAGGGCACCAUCCGACCAGUGCAUGACGACAUCCUCAUCGCUCAGCUGCGGCCUGGCCAGGAGAUUGACCUGCUCAUGCACUGUGUCAAGGGCAUUGGUAAAGAUCAUGCCAAGUUUUCACCUGUGGCAACAGCCAGUUACAGGCUCCUGCCGGACAUCACACUGUUGGAGCCCGUGGAAGGGGAGGCAGCUGAAGAGCUGAGCCGGUGCUUCUCACCUGGUGUGAUCGAGGUGCAUGAAGUCCAAGGUAAAAAAGUGGCCAGAGUUGCCAAUCCCCGGCUAGAUACCUUCAGCAGGGAAGUCUUCCGGAAUGAGAAGCUAAAGAAGGUUGUGCGGCUUGCUCGGGUUCGGGACCAUUAUAUCUUCUCCGUUGAGUCAACGGGGGUAUUACCACCUGAUGUGCUGGUGAGCGAAGCCAUCAAGGUACUGAUGGGCAAGUGCCGGCGGUUCUUGGAUGAACUAGAUGCAGUUCAGAUGGACUGAGGCUUGCAGACUUACUAGCAUGACUGGGCUUGGACGCUCCUGAGGCACGCUGACGAUUUUGGGUUCUGACCUGCUGCCACGACUGCUGUGGAGAGCCUAAUGUGACUGGGACAAUUCCAGCUUCACUUUAGUAAAUACAUUUUGUUAAAUGUGUCACAAAAUGCGACCUUUAUGCCUUUAUAAGGCCUCCAUGUAAAUAAAUUCACAUCCAAACAAAA